AUGAGUCUUCGCCUCGGCUCGAUUGCCCCCAACUUCCAGGCCAACACCACCCAGGGCCCUAUCGACUUUCACCAGUUCAAACAGGAUUCAUGGGCCAUCCUGUUCUCGCAUCCGGAGGACUUUACCCCCGUCUGCACAACUGAGCUCGGUGCCGUAGCAAGGCUGUCGGCAGAGUGGGAGAAGCGCAACGUCAAGGUCAUCGGCCUCUCGGUCAACACACUCGAGAGCCACCACGAAUGGAUCAGGGACAUCAACGAGACCCAGGACGCCGACGUGCGCUUUCCGAUCAUCGCUGAUGCUGAUCGCCGAGUUGCCACCCUCUACGACAUGCUUGACCAUCAAGAUCCCACCAACGUUGACAAGCAGGGCAUGCCGCUGACCGUGCGUUCCGUCUUCAUCGUCGAUACCAAGAACAUCAUCCGGGCCGUCAUCACCUAUCCGGCCUCGACCGGACGCAACUUUAACGAGAUCCUGCGAGUUGUCGACUCGCUGCAGCUCGGCGACCGCAAGAAAAUCGCCACCCCGGCCAACUGGAACGUCGGCGACGAUGUCAUUGUCCACAACUCGCUCAACAACGACGAGGCCGCCAAGCUGUUUCCGGGCUUCAAGAUCAUCAAGCCCUACCUGCGAACCACGCCGUAUCCAAACUAG